CAAACGUCUAGUUUUUUUCUAGAUAUGCGGUAUCAUCUUAUAUAAAACCGCGAAGUGACAAAAGUUUUAUUAGUUUCCGUUCUUUCUUCGCAUUGAGAGCGCAAGCGCGGUGAUUCAACAACACCCAAUCGACAAUAGACGCCAGUUAUACGACAUCGAAACAUCAGGCAUGGCUGAACAAAGCAGCAACGAAUACACGCCUCUUGAUUUAAGCAUGAAGGGCAAAGCAUCACCAAGUACAAGCCGUGACGGUACCCAGGACGCUUCAUCUACUUUGAGCGCCUACACAACGAUUUGGGCCAACGCCUUGCGUUACCAGGGGUACACGCAGCACAUGCCGAUGACCUUCGAGGCUUGCAACGUGGCCGGUAUCACUGACAAUGGCAGCUCAAGUUGCCAGCACCUGGGGUCCAUCAGGAGGACUGAUAAGGCAGUGCCCAGCACAAUUCGCGCUGGCAUGGAGCAAGCAUCAGCCAAUAUUGAAGACGCGGCCACGAAUGCUCCUGGAACCGGAGGAAGGGAACAGCGAGAGUUGUGCGGUGUCUGUGGCAAUGCUUGCAGUAGACUGGACGCCUUACACGUGCACGCCAAGGAACCCACGGAUGACGCAGCCCACAUUUGCAAAGCAUGUGAUCAAUCGUCGGUGAAGAAGCCUAACUUUGUAGAACAUUGCCGCAACCGUACUGACAAAAAACACAAAUGCGAAACCUGUGGUAAGCAGUUCCGCCGGGCAGAUUACCUAGUUAUACAUUACCGCACGCACACAGGCGAACGACCCUACAAAUGCAAAAUCUGUGAUAAAUCGUUCCGGCAGUAUAAUCAUCUAGAUCAACAUAAGCGCACGCAUACAGACGAGAGACCCUACAAGUGCCAAAUAUGUAAUAAAUCAUUCCGGGCGCCUGGUCAUCUAGAUAACCAUAAGCGCACGCAUACAGACGAGAGACCCUAUAAAUGCCAAAUGUGUGAUAAAUCCUACCGGCAGUCUAAUCAUCUAGAUAGACAUAAGCGCGAGCACACAGGUGAGAAACCCUACAUUUGCAAAACUUGCGGUAAAUCAUACACGCGGGAGGCAACUCUCCGUAAACAUGAGCCCGCUCACGCACAGGAGAAACGUCAUGCAUGCGAAAAGUACUCACUCCUUCAAAACUACCACACGUCACCGCAGAAGAAAAUCUCGACGUCGCCCCCUUACUGCAGCGUGCCGAAGAAGCACGACAACCUGCUUGCCUACCCAUCAAGUGCUAGCCAAGGACGGACAGCCGAAGCUACAGUCUUCGACGAAGAUAUGAGAAGCAGCAGUAGCCCAGCGAUCGUGUUUGAGCUUGGACCCCAACACACCGACGUGGACUGGGUGAAAAGCUAUGAAGCGCUCACAUUUGACGCCGCAAGUGCUGACGUGUCAGCAGGUGUUUGGUGUGCCAUGACACCAAAGACUCCUGGACAUAGGGAUUGCACCCUUCGAUGCCUCAUCAUGCGCGGCUUAGUCGUGUGCACGAGAAAGUCGCUGAGGACAGUGGAGCCCGUGCUGAGUGCCAAGGCUUUUCAAGGACCAUUGGCGGAGGCAUCACGUGCCUUUGUCUUGCGCCUCACGAUUUCCGACGAUGCCUUGCGCUACCAGGGGUACACGCAGCAGCUGCCGAUGACCGACGAGACUUGCAACAUGGACGUUGUGCAUUCUGGAAGACACGUGAGUGCCAAUGAGAAUGCUGGAAUCUUCUACGAAAAAGUGCUUUGUGGAGACCCAAUAAACCAUACCAGCCAUGAAAAUACCGUGAACGUCGUCAUGAUCAAGGGAGCUAGCCGCAGGCUACGACUACCGCCUGAGUACAGACCUAUGCCCCAGAAGACUAGCAAGAUCGUGGUCGAGGCAACUGCCACAAUGAGUGCCCGUGCCACCUGCAGCGUCCCGGCUGAUGAUGAUGAUGAUGAUGAUGAUGAUGAUGAUGAUGAUGAUGAUGAUGAUGAUGAUGGCCCGUUCAUGUCGCCGCGUUUUCAACUGGCCUACUUGUAUAUUGACGAGUACAUCAAUGACGCGUUGAAGGCGUGGAACCACCAGACCGAUGCCACUCACGUCAAUGAUGCCGCUGACAGCGGAAGCACCAACUACGCACCUGUGGUGUCCACCACUAGUGCCUAUCAAGCCUGGCCCAGAACGAGCCACGCUGACAUCGAGAAACUAUCCUCCCCUUCGAAAGACACCACGAGCAGUUCUGAAGACGCCUGGCGUUACCAGUUGAACACGCAGCGCAGGCCGAUAACCGACCAGACUUACAACCUCGACGGGUAUACAGGCAACAAAGAAACCGGAAGCACCGGUUUGACACUCCCGGUCUGCAGCGGCAGUGGCGGCGGCAACGAUUCAGAGGCCAGUACAAGCCACGCGGGCACGGAGGAAGCAUCGCGCAUUCCGGAAAACGAUGCGAGAAUUCCUGACGCCACCGGCGCUGAGCCAUGGAGUACGCAGUGCUACGCGGCUUGUGGCACUACAGUUUACGGUGUCUCGUACUGUCGUAGCACUUGUUACCUACGCCUGGGCUCCAGCAGCAGCAUCGAUCACGCGCAGCCCCGCACUAGCCGCGCUGGCUGGGUGGAAGCAUCGGCCAUUUUAGAAUAUGGCGCAAGCGCUAAUGAAGCGAUCAGACCAGAGUGGUCAUGGAGCUCUCGGCGCACGCCGCACUCAGCAACGUUCGCAGAUCACUUUCAAGGGCAUGCAGACAAUACUGGAAACGGAAGCGCCGCAUUCACACUGCCGGUCUACAGCAGCAGCAGCAGUGGUGGUGGCAGCGAUGACGCAGUGGCCAGCACAAGCCGCGCGGGCAUGCAGGAAGCAUCGGGCAUAUUGGGAAACGAAGCUACGAAUGCUACUGGAACCGGAGGAAGGGGACAGCAAGAGUUGUGCGGUGUCUGUGGCAAUAUAACGAGCAGGCGGGCUGCCUUACACGAGCAGGACAGCCAACACACGGGCGACACAGCCCACAUUUGCAAAGCAUGGGAUCAAUCGUCUGUGAAGAUGUCUCAGUCUGUAGAACACUGCCACACCCGCACUGUCGAAAACCACAAAUGCGAAAACUGCGGAAAAUUGUUCCACCUCGCUGAUCGCCUAGAUGUCCAUAAGCGCACACAUACGGACGAGAGACCGUACAAAUGCCAACUAUGUGAGAAAUCGAUCCGGUAUCCUAGUUCUGUAGAUAUCCACAUUCGCGCGCAUACUGGCAAGAAACCGUACACUUGCGAAACGUGUGAUAAAUCGUUUCGGCGUUCUGAUCACCUACGUGUCCACAAACGCCUGCAUACAGAUGAGAGACCCUACGAAUGCAAAAUAUGUGGCCAAUCUUUCCGACAUAAGAUUAGUUUACACAUCCAUGUGUGCGGGCACACUGGCGAGAAACCCCACUCUUGUGGAACAUGUCGUAAAUCAUUCGUGCGGAUGACGGAUCUGCGCAGACACCAGCUCACUCACACGGGCGAGAGACCCCAUGUGUGCCAUAAAUGUAGUAAAUCAUACAAAGUGAAAGGCGAUCUCAACCGUCAUCUCAAAUCGUGUUGUAGCGAAGAAGCUUUCGUUUGCGAAAUAUGUGAUGAAUCCUUUAUAGACAUCUCACGUCUCAGUCAUCACCGCCGAAGGGUGCACGGGGAUAAAACACUGAGUGAUUUCGUUUCGCAGUGAAAGAAUCGCUUGUCGGGCACCUGUGCCAGAUUUUUACGUGGUAGAUUCAUUUGAAAACGCUGUUCAACAGAAUACACACCUCAUGACGCCUAGGGGUAUGAAUCCGCAAUAUUCUGACUGGUGCGCAAGUUAGAUAGAUCGCCCGCGGAAUUUGCAUAACAACGUGAGAGUGAAACCGUGCAGGGAAACAACAUUGACACUCUUUGACAGGAGCAAGCAACCAACUGAAGGCAUCGUAUGCAGAGACCGGCUUCUCUUCGUAUUUAAAGCCCUUGAUAAAAAAGCUGGUUUGUUGAAUUCAGUAGACGAGACAUUGUCGCCACAAGUAUUUAUCGCGCUUCAAUGUCGAAGUACAGUGCAGCUCCUGGACAGCGCUGUCUGUCUGCAUAAAUAUGUUUCUCGCGAACGUAUAGCUUUAGCAAACUCAUUUCAAGACAAAACCUUAUGGGCUGCAAGUGUCUUUUGCGUAAGUUGAAGGUUGAAAUGUUCACACAAGAUCCUUGACACCUUUAUUUCAGUUAGAGAAGUGCAUUCGGCAACCGUUUUGGAUUAACCAUCUUUUUGAGAUUCCGUUGUCUGAAUAGAAGAUAACACCUCUCAUUAGGAAAGAUUUAAAAACUGCCUUUUUUUUGUCAACUCAAAAGUAUCUCUGCCAUUAUUUGAGGUUCUUGAGCCCUGUUUCUUUGGACCGACAGUACUUGUACGAGCUUUUACGAAAAUGCAUAGCCACAGUGUAAGCAUAGGAAAAUGUAUUUCCAUAAAUAUUUUUCUUAAUGCCAUCACUAUUUUAGCUUUCUCUUUGGCUCUUAUAUUCUUACCGAAGUUAUUUGUUCUAUGCCAUAAACUGAGCUGACGACAGUAGUGAGACCAUUAAAUUCAAAUCAUUCGGAGCUUCACUAUGCGACAAGUUCCCCUUCUUUAAAAUGUUUAGUUAUUCUUGUUUUAUUGUGGCAGAACCUCUGACAGGGUUAAAUGGCAGAUUUUAUCCCCCAGGAAGUCGAAUAUUUUGACCAGGCGUGCAAUCUACUUACAGGUGUAAAAUCUUAGUCUGAUAUGACAAAAGCAUCCAUGCGAGCAAUGAGAUGACAAGUAAGAUUCAGGUUUUAUUUAUAUUGGCACGCGUACUUGUAUAUCUCUUUACUUUGAACACGUUUGAACUGCUAGCAAAUGUUGAGUUACUGCUCCGCGCAUGACACGCCUGCAUGUAUCAGAACAUUCUCGAUUUUUCUCAGCGGUUGUCUCUUUGUGUACGUUUUAGUUGAACGUUUUGUGAUAAAUUUGUACCUGCGACGCGAAUAGAGAUUUGCAUUCUUAAAGGCGUGCAAGCUCCAGCGAUGAUGGUUGAUUUUUCGGCGAAUCACGUGGGAAUAGCCGACGCUCAAACACAAACUACGUCGUGGAUGAUCUACCCAUGUGUACCACCUUUCUGCCCUAGUAUAGGUUUUUUUUUUGUCGGUUCAGUUUAUCCAAAUAAAGGGUAUUUCAUUGCUCCA